UUAAUAAAAAAAAAUAUUUUUGUGAAUUCUGAAAUGACAUUGCGCACGCGUACUACCAACACAACCGCAUAAAAAUUUGCGGUGUGGUUUUUUCCAUUGAAAAUUGACUAAAAAUUGGUUAAAAUUGUGAAUACAGUACUUCAACAUGCAAGUCCCACCUGUCUUUAUUGACGUGAGUCCUGAGGACCAGGCUCAAGAGCUUCGAAGUUAUUUGAAAAGCUUGGGGGCUGAAAUUUCUGAAGAAAAAUCAGUAAAAGGGAUUGAGGAUGACUUGCACAAAAUCAUCGGUGUGUGCGAGGCCUGUUUCAAAGAGGGCCAAGAGUCGGAAGUCGAAAUGGUACUCAAUGAUAUCGUCUCCAUUAUGGUGCUUAUUCCAGCCGACCGGUCCGAAAACAUCAUUUUAGCCUUCUGUCAGAAGUUAUUGAAAGCUCAAGGCCCCAAAUUGGGGCUGGUUUGUUUGCGCGCCUUGUGGCUGUUGUUCCAGUCACUUGACGAGACUUCCCCUAUGAGGUACCACGUCUACUACCACUUGAUCUUAAUUGCGGAAAAAACGGACCAAGUCAAGUCAGUAUUCCAAGACAUUGAGCAUUUGAAACAACAGUUCGCCCCGUGUCCCCCCUCAAGCGAACAACUGCAGAUUUUGUACCGGUUGCUCCACCAGGUGCUCCUCAAGAGCAACCAGAGUGAGCAAGCCGCCAAAGUAAUGAUUGAGCUUUUGGGGACUUACACUGAUAAGAAUGCUUCACACGCCCGCGAGGAUGCCAUCAAAUGCAUUGUCUCGGCCUUGGGGGACCCUAAUACCUUCCUCCUUGACCCCUUGUUGUCCUUAAAACCGGUCAAAUUCCUGGAAGGUGAAUUAAUCCACGAUUUGCUUAAUAUUUUCGUCAGCGAGAAUCUCGCCACCUAUUUGAAAUUCUACCAAGAGCACAAAGAAUUCGUCACGUCACAAGGACUAAACCAUGAAAAAAAUAUGCAAAAAAUGCGCUUGUUGUCAUUUAUGCAACUUGCAGAGACUAAUCCUGAGAUUAGUUUUGAUGUGAUUGAAAAGGAAUUGCAGAUUAAACCUGAAGAGGUUGAAGCGUUCAUUAUUGAAGUCUUGAAGACUAAAUUAGUGAGGGCUCGAAUGGACCAAGCAGCUAGGAAAGUUUAUGUUUCAAGUACAAUGCAUAGGACUUUCGGACGCGCUCAGUGGCAACAAUUGAGAGAUUUGCUUCAUUCGUGGAAAAGUAACCUCAGUAUGGUGCAAGAAGGGAUGAAAAAUGUCACAGCAGCGCAAUUAGAAAUGAUGAAUCAACAGUAAUUCUUUUAUACGAAUAAUUUAAGAAUAAAGAAUUGAAAUUA